AAUGCGGGAAGCAGACAUUCAAGCAAGAUAGAAAACAUCAAAUUCAUCAAAAGCAAUUAAACUUUUUGGACGAUUUUUUUUACACUCAACAGAAUUUAUUUGUCAAUUGUUUUUUAACUUUUAACCAAAUUAAUUAUUGAUGCGACCAGUUGCUUGAAGAAGGAUCAAGAAGAUCCGAGAGUAGGGAACGGACCAUGGCGGUCAGGAGUUGUUUCUUCUGCCCCAAAGAGCAGGGGUCAAGUGUCAAAGACGCCGAAGGGUGGGUGACUUUUCGCCCUAAUAACGCUGACUUGAUUAGAGAAUCGAUAUGUUUCCUCUCCAAAGUUUUGGACUUUGAUGAACUAUAUUCGGUUGACCUGGAUCUAACCAUCAUCACGAAGGGGAUCUCUUUUUGUCUCGAAUGUGUCUUUUUGUUUCGCCAAGUACUUGAAACUUAUGGGAAAUUGUUUCCCCUUCUACCAAAGAUUAAGGCGAAUGUGGAGAUGAAAUUGAAACAUAAAUCUUCAUUGGACACUGGCGAUGAACUUGAAGAAAUUGCCGUUAAAUUUGAAGUGAAAGAUGAUGAUUUUGGAGGAUACAUUAGAAAUGCGCUCGAUGACCACGAUGGUCGAAAUGAUGACGUGGAAGACUGGUCACAACCGGACAUGAUUAAGGAUGAACUGGACGCUGAGGGAAUAGAUGUUGGGCGUGAUCCAUUGGAAGAUGUUGAGUGUCUGAGCGAUGAAGGAGCAGAUGUUGAGCGUGAUCCAUUGGAAGAUGUUGACCGUGAACUGGAUAAUGAAGGAGCAGAUAUUGGACGUGAUCCAUUGGAAGAUGUUAAGUGUGAACUGGAAGACGAGGAGACAGACCUUAGGUGUGAUCCAUUAAAAGAUGCUGAUGCUAAUUACGACUCGCAUUCACCUCAGUCAAACCAAGGGGAUGGCCCACCGCCUCAAAAAAUUAUGAAAAUCAUAGCUUCACCCAGCUUUACACAGGAACCAUGUAACAAAUUCUCCUCUCCAUCAAAAAAAGCUUUGGCAGCCUCUUCAACCUGUACCAUUUGUGGCGAAAGUGGGCUAUGGCUGAACCAUGAACUACGGACCCAUCUCAAAUGUCACACCCUCGAGGCCUCACACAAAAUAACCGAACGCUGGCCCAUCCCAGUAAAAUGCCCUGUAGUAUCCUGCACGUUUCGUAGGCCUUACCACCACGAAAUGUGGGAACAUCUCAUAGAAAAUCACCUUCCCAUCCUACACCGCUGUCCGAUCCCCACAUGCAACCAGUACUUCAUCCUUGAAUCUACCCUCCGCGCCCACGUCGCCCUCCACUCCUCGACGUCCUCUUGUCGCUGUCCUGUUUGUGACGCUACAUUAGAAAGCGGGCCCGCCCUCCUAGAACACGUUCGUUCCUUCCAUCCUGCAAAAAAACAAACACACACCUGCUCCACUUGCCAGCGAGUCUAUCCAAGCAUAGGAAAACUCCAAUGCCACGAGAAAAGUCACAUCCCCGCGAUUACAACAUGCGAAUUUUGUCCUUUCACGGCCACACGUACAACGUCGAUUGCGAUCCACACGAUGGAAACUCACGAGGUGAACGGUACCCUAGAGAAGAAGUGGAAAUGUGAUAUUUGCGAGAAAGCUUACGUCUCCAAAGUUGUGCUAGAGCGGCAUGCCAGCUUGCACAAGAAAUUCGACGGCAAAGGUAGAACAUUAAAUUGCGAGAUCUGCGAGUACCCAUUCUAUCCGGAGGAGGAGGAGAAACUGCGCCGGCAUCUGGAAAAGGUUCAUAUGAAGGUUGGGACAGUGAAAAGAUGUGUCGCGACCGAGUGCAAUUUCACGACGACAACAUACCCAACGUUACGCCAACAUGAAAGACAAAAUCACCCAGAACUUUUGACGCACAUUUGUGUCUCCUGUGGGAAAGCAUAUUCUGACCAGAUUUUUUUGGAGACGCAUCUCAAGACGCACCAAGGUGGGAGUGAGCCGUUUGGUUGCAGCGUGUGCAAACAAGUUUUUCCAUCCGGGGAUAAACUCGCUGCUCACUUGGCUAUACAUAAUGGAGAAGUUAUCAUCACCUGUGACCAAUGUACACUUACCUUUCCCUCAGCUUGGAACCUCCGAGCUCAUAACAUAUCCAAGCAUAACGCCCCCUCGCCUCAUACCUGUUCCAUUUGUCUGAAAAAAUUUGUCGGAAAGUUUGGCCUAAGACAUCACAUGGAUACAUUCCACCCAACUGAAACCACGCCUACCUUUUGUUGUCAUUUUUGUCCCAAGAUAGUAAACUCUAAGAGCCAACUCAGAACUCACAUUAAGAGCGUCCAUGAAAAAAGUUCGAAAACCAACCACAUUUGCCCAAGUUGUGGCAUAAAGACGUCUGAUAUAAGAAUGCACAUUUUACGAGCGCACACUGAUGCCGAGGAAAAGGCAAAGGAGAAAUGUUAUUUCUGCGAAAAAACGUUCGUCACAUUCUUUGAAUUGAAUUUGCACUUUGCGACCCACACGAACGAGAGACCAUACAUUUGUCACAUAUGUAGGAAGGAUUUUACACAAAAUCAUUGUUUGACGGCGCAUUUUAAAGUGCACAAGAGGAACGGAGAUUUCUUCCCAAGACCGGACGACUAUUUUGGAAUAAAAAUCGAGGAGACGGAUCAUGUUGAUGAGCAGAUACAAACAUAAUUGACUAGAUACAGCUUUAUUUAUUAUUCCAGAAAUGUCGUUACAAGUCCAUUGUAAGUAUAUGAAUUUUAAUAAAUGGUUUUACAAAAACAGCA